GUCAGAGUUGACGGCUGGUUACUAUGGCGGCGUUAACCAUUUUCAGUAGGUCAUAUCUCUCGAGCCAGGGACUUGGAGUUUGGCUUAUUCCCUGCUCGGUGGUUCGGUGCUUUGGAGCCGGGGUACGGUCUGCUGUAGAAAGCAGAUAUGCUGUGAAGGCUGGAGUGCCGUUCCCCGGAGCGAAAAGCUUUAGUCAGAGCGCCUCAGGGUCGGCGGCUGGGCCCGGGGCGGAGCUGCGGGUAUAUCACCUGGAGGCGGAGUUGGCAGGAAUUGUUGUAUUUGGAAUAAACAGACCACAGUCCAAAAAUGCAAUCAGCAAAAAUCUUGUGGAAAUGAUGUCGAAAGCUAUAAAGGAAAUUAAAUGUGAUAAAAAUGUUCGAACAGUUGUACUGCGCAGUGAGGUACCAGGAAUAUUUUGUGCAGGUGCUGAUUUGAAAGAGCGAGCAAAAAUGCAUCCAAGUGAAGUUGGUCCAUUUGUUUCCAAAGGAAGAAAUUUAAUUAAUGAGUUAGGUAACCUCCCAAUGCCCACAAUUGCUGUUCUUGAUGGAGCUGCCUUAGGAGGGGGCCUAGAAAUGGCUCUGGCUUGUGACAUUCGUGUGGCUGCUACCUCUGCAAAAAUGGGACUUGUUGAAACAAAAUUGGCAAUCAUUCCAGGUGCAGGUGGGACACAGCGUCUUCCUCGUAUUGUAGGAGUAUCCUUGGCAAAGGAACUUAUCUUUUCUGGACGAGUGCUUGAUGGUACUGAAGCCAAAGCAAUUGGUCUUGUUAGCCAUGUUGUGGAACAGAAUGAAUCAGGAGAUGCAGCCUAUCACAGGGCAUUAUCUCUCGCAAGAGAAUUCCUACCUCAGGGUCCUAUUGCAGUGAGAUUAGCAAAACUAGCCAUCAACCGAGGGAUAGAGGUUGAUUUGAAAACUGGUUUAGCAAUAGAAGAGGCCUGUUAUGCUCAGGUCAUUCCAACAAAAGACAGGAUUGAAGGACUUAAUGCUUUCAGAGAAAAGCGACUGCCCCGAUACACGGGAGAGUGAUAAUAAGACAUUGAAAGAAGGCUUCAAUUGAAUGGAACACAAAAUAUAAAAGCUGAUUUAAGCUAUUUCUAUCUGUUGAGAAAUGACUUCAAGAUAUACCGAUAAGAGCCAUAAUAUGUACGAUUUUGAGCAUCAUGCUUUUAAGAAAAAUACAUAACAUUGUUCUGUUUUUCUACCUUGAACAUUUACUAUGUGAUUCUUUUACAUUAAAAUCUUUUAAUUUAAA